GCUAGCCGUUUCAGCGACAGGGGAAGGGAGUUAGGAAGUAGUUGGGGGUCCUGGUGUGGGAAGUACGGGCGCAGCCAGACGGAGCUACAUCGGGCAGCCAGGUAAUAAUUUCAAGAUGCCAGGGCGUUCCACUUCAAGUUCAGGUUCAACUGGUUUUAUAUCCUUCAGUGGUGUAGAAUCUGCACUCUCCUCCUUGAAAAACUUCCAGUCCUGUAUCAGCUCUGGAAUGGACACAGCUUCUAGUGUUGCUUUGGAUCUUGUGGAAACUCAGACUGAAGUGAGUAGUGAAUACAGUAUGGAUAAGGCAAUGGUUGAAUUUGCAAUGAUGGAUCGGGAACUAAACCAUUAUUUAAAGGCUGUUCAAUCUACAAUAAACCAUGUAAAAGAAGAACGUCCAGAAAAAAUACCCAAUCUAAAAUUAUUAGUGGAGAAGAAGUUUUUGGCUCUACAAAAUAAGAAUUCUGAUGCAGACUUUCAAAAUAAUGAGAAAUUUGCACAAUUUAAACAACAGCUGAAAGAACUAAAGAAGCAAUAUAAAUAUCCAGGCAUGGGACUGCUGGCUCCUAUGUACAAGGUGUUAAUUGCUGAGAAUUAAAAGAAGAAAAGCAUGCUUUCUGCCUUCAAGAAGCUUAUAAUUCAUGCAGUGUCAAUAUCAGUAUCCUUGAUGAAUAUUUAUUGAAUGCCCGAGGAAUAGUAGCACUCCUGUAAGCUGAGCACAUGCUGAUGUGGAAAAGCACCUUUUCUCUUUUCUUGCUUAUUGGAUAAAAGGCACAAAGGACUUGGCAGACUAGGUCAAGUUCACAAAAUGAGUCUUUGGUGCAUUUGGGCAAAGUAGAUUCUCAGAACAAGUACCUGAAAAUGGAAACCUUCCUACUGGAGGAAAUGACAACGCAAAAUCAAAUCGAUGGGUCUCCCUGAUCUUGACCCUGUCUCUGUUAGACAGCAGGGGGCAGCUGCAUGAGAUAUUAGUGCUUUUGCUGCCUCUUCUCUUCCCUGAGCUCUGUACACAGCAGCUACACAACUGCCUGGACGGACAGCAAAUUUUUGAGACUCUGAGAUACAAGAUUAAGGCCUUGAACAAAAUCACAGUAUAGAUUUGUGGUUGAUAAAAAUUACAGUAUCUGAUUUUACAUCUCACACAUAUUAUCCUGGUCUCUUGUUCUUAAGUCUUUCUUCCAGAGAAUUUUUGAGAAAACAAAUAUUUAGGACUGUUAGUCACAGAGUAAACCUUACAGUCUCAGGAUGUUUAUAGUUGUUUUACAGGUAGUAGCAGGAUGAUCCAGUAGACAGUGAGGUGCUGUGCCGCAUAAUGAAGAGUUAGUAAAUGUGAAUGAAUGACUGCUGACAUGCCUUCAGGAAAACAGCUUGUUUCUGUAGCUUUUCAGUGAGUUCACAGUCUGUUGCUCCUUUGUAUUUGGCCAGCGUGCAACAGCACAAUUAUUGUAAGAGCAAAGUGAUUAAAGCCUCUUAAGACCUUUAAGACCUUUGUGACCUGCCAUUUUAAUAUUGAUAAGUACUCAGAGACUAACCUCUUUCAGGCCCUUCUCUUUCCCUAGAACAGUUUUGCUUCUUUUUGUGUUGCCACAGCACUCUGAUCAUACUCAUCCUGACACUUUUGCACACUGUAGGACACACCCACUAGUGAAUAAUGAAAUGUUCUAAGCAGCAACCCAAUUGUAAAAGGUCAUGACCAGCAUUUUAUUAAAAAAGAAAAGAUACUGAAUAGGGUAGGUUAAAAAAUACCACAGUGUGAGUCAUGUAUAGGAAGAGUAGUGUUUCAUAAAACUUCUGUUUCACUUAAACAUGUUUGUGUACCCUGGGUUUGUAGUGUAAAAUGUAUUUCUUACUGUAGGUCAUAGUUAAAAUCCUGUUUUGAAAAACACUUCAUUGUAGCAUGAAUCACUUCGUCAUUUAAUGGUUCUAUAAAUCUGUCCGCUUGAAAAAAGGAAUCGCAUUUUCUUUGUCUUUUAAUUCCUAAUACCUAGGACCGAUCUGCCUGACACAGGUGUUGAGUAGAUGUUUGUGGAAUGAAUGAAAGAAAGAAAUGAAGUUCACUUAACUUCUCUGAGCCUCGUAUUUUUCAUAAAUUACAAUGUUACCCGCCAGAUCUCAGAGUGUUAAUGUGAAGAGCAGCUGAGAUAAUGGAUGUGAGAGUGCUUUAUUAAGUACGAUGUGCAGAAUAAGGAUUAUUAUCUGGCAUAAAUUUUGUUAUUGUUGGGCAGAUAAGCCUCAGGAACUCUUGAAAUCUUAAAUCAGUGUUCUAAAGAUGACAUAUUUAUUGCGGUACUAUUAAUAGUACUGUAUUAUCCCUUUUUAGGUAAAAAGUUAGGAGACAAUUCAAAAAUUAAGUAUGUGCCUUUUCUUUUUUUUUUUUAAACUUUUUAUUAUGGAACAGUUCAACAUACAAAGUAGACACAGAAGAUGGGCUUCUGUGCACUCAGCUCUACUUUCAACCAAGCGAUAGCAACUUGAGCCAAUUUCGUUUCAUCUGCAUCCUCUCCUACCUCCCCCUUUCCACGUUACUGUGAAGCGAAGAUGCAUUUCUUUUCUUCUCUCCCAGUCCUCUGUCUUCCCCCACCCUCCUCCCUCUUUUGUUUACCUUUUCAAGUAUGUAGAAAUAUUCUUAACAUUCUUUUAAAAUAGAAUCAUUAGUACCAAGCAAUGCAGGUUGGGAGUUUAGACUAAAGUACUGUGGUACCGUGUGUGAAUGAGCUGUUCUCUGACAGGAGCUAGCAGGUAAACAAGAUAUUGUAUUUCCCAAGAUUUUCAUACGAUGGUGACCAACUCCAUUGCAAAACAAUGAUCACAUUCCAGAGUCGUAAGUAGUUCUGGAGGCUUAGUUACACAAUCACCAGCUCGGUCAUCUUCCUCAGAAAUGUGACCUUACAGCAGAGUAAGGAGUCUGAAGUAUGACAGGUCACUCUUUAAGCUUUUUGAAGUUUUGUUUUCUAUCAUGUAAUAAUCCUCAAGCUUUUGACCUCUAGCUAAGGCAACAAAAAGUAUCCAGCUGAAACUUCUGGAAUACUGUUAAAACUAGAGUAAACUCUGCUUUCAGACUACAGCCCAGGGUUAUAACAUGCCACUCAGCAGUUGAAAUCCACUUGGAAGAAAAGAAUUUCUAAAGCAUCACUUAUAUUAGUUUAUAUUGAUCUUUUUUUGCUUUUCAAAAUUUUGUGAUUUGGGCCUUAAUAUGAUAAAAAUACAAAUCCACAUAAUUUUAAACCCUAGAGAUAUUUAAUUCUGUCAAAUUUUAUUUGCCUAGAAUUUUUCUUCCUUAAAGUCAAAGGUAGGGUCUGUUUUGAUUUUGAACAAGGUAUUGCUAAGUUUUGCCCACUGCAACCGUUGAAUAGUCAGAAACUUUGCAUGUCUCAAUUGUUUUGAGGUUUUUAUGUGUUCUUGAAAAAAUUUUUCCAAAAUAAAAUGAAUAUAAAUGCACUUUUGUUUUAAAAUAUUUCAAGCCAUAUUUGUACGAAUACAAGGAGGUUGCCUUAUACCCGAGUGGGGAGGGUUGUGGGUUGCGAGUGACAGAGAGAUGGAGGAGGUGAAACUCACAUGGUAAGAGUGUCACAACUCCAAAAAUGUUGUAGAUGACAGAUCCAGGUCAGUUUCUGUCAGGGACAUCACCAUUCUGCCUGUCUUCCCUGAUGGAAACCAAGAAGAAGUCUUUAUCUUUUCCUCUUUCAUUCUCUACAUCCAAUAAAUAGAUCUUUAUUGAUUACUUAUUUAGAAAAAUCUCCGGGCUUUAUCUUUUACAUUCCCAUGACCAGGGCAUCAGUUCUGAUCUUUAUCAAUGUACAUCUGGACAAUAAUAGCAUUUGAGAAGAAAUGAACUGAUCCAUUUGACCAUGCCAUUGUAUGUACAUUUAAUUCUUAAAACAGUCCUGUGAGGUAGGACAGUUAUCUGCAUUUUUCAGAUUGUAUAAACUGGGUAAGCUCUUUCAAGUGUAUGAUAUUGCUAAGGAAUCUCCUUGCUCUGAGUCUUUCUCCCCCUGUAAUGCAUUCUGUGCAAGAAUACCAAGAUGGUCUCCCUAAAAUGUGACUCUUAAUCUAAUAACUUACUUAGUAAAACCGAUAGCUACUGAUCUAGCACUUUACAAAUUACCAGGGAUGUUUCACAUUUGAUUUCAUUCUACACAAACUACUCCAUGAGGUUAAUAUUAUCUCAUAUUACUACUUCAUAAAGUAACCUGUAAUGACUUCUGUUUCCCAUCAAGCCAAUUUUAAACUCUUAAUAUUUUUUUUAAACUCUUAAUAUUAAUGACAUUCCACAUUUUAUGCCCUGGCCCUACAUCCAUUUAAUCCUACCUCUCAAUGUAAACUGGAGUUAGCUUUAGCCAGGUGAAUGCACUUCCUUACGGUCCUCUCUGGGUACCAUUCUAUUUUCUCCCCUGAUGUCUGCCCACAGCACAACUCUUGUUCACCGAGCCCACUUUCCUCCCACUCCUGCCCUCUAACUUAAACUCUACCAGUCCUGCAGGACCUGUAUCAAGUCCUACCUUUUCAAAGAAGCCUUCCCCAAUAAUGUCCGUCUUCCUGGAUGUUUUUAGUUCUUGAUAUCCUUUGUCGCAUAUGUUUGCCCUUGAAUAGAAUUUAAAAAUUUUCCCCUAACUAUAAAAGUAAUAUAUGCUUCAUGUAAAAAUAUUAUAUAGGAUAUUUGAAAGUGAAAAGAUCACUCCUGGCUUCCCAAUUCCAGUCUGUAGAAGUAACCACUCUAAUGUGUCUUUACGGUCGUAUUUCUGUGUAUAAGCAAGAAUAUGCACAGGCGCGCGCACACACACACACACACACACACACACACACACACACACACACACACACAACCCUACCUAUUUACACACAUGGAGAUAGCUAUAGAUUUAGAUAUAUUUUACGCACCUACACCAUCCUACAGCAUUUUUUUCCCACUUAACAAUAUAUCUUGGAAAUCUCUUCAUGUCAGUGAAUAUAAGUGAUUUCAUUUAAACAUAUCUCUUUAUUGCCUCAAAUUGUUUCAUGUCAAACUGUUUUAUACCUGUACAUCUCAUCUUCCCUCACACACGAAAAAUGGAAACUCCUCAAGGGCAGGAGUAAAUUACAUAUUCAUUCUCUUUUCCAAUCCUUUACUCUUUGGUCUUUGUGCAUUUAUUGCAUAUUUCACUAUUCAUGCUGUGGGAAAUCCAAGAUGUUUACUUCUCAUAACCCCUGAGGAGUUAGGAUCUAGUAGAUAAGAGUCUACAUUUAUACAUAGAACUGUAACACAGGAAGAAAUUCAGAAGUGACACCAAUUUUUGUUACUGGAAAUAUGGCUGAUUAAGUUAUUUGAACAAUCAGCUUGCUGAAAAUUAUUGAAACUGUUGAAUAUGUAUAAGAAAACAUCCUCAGAGCAGCAAAGGCCUGAAAAUCUAAGGAACCAUAAGGAAAAGCAAGAGUUCAGCGAGAGUUCUUUAGAGAACUAGAGCUGCUUUUACCCUGAGGACAUUUGCUGAUCCAGGCAAAUUUGGACUUUGCCUGCCUCAUGGGUAGUAAAACUACACAGAAAGCUUGUAAAUGGCUAACAUAAAAUUUAGCGUAAAGAUUUUGGGGGCGGUGCAGAGUUUCUGGGGUACUCAGAAUUCUCUGUUUAUUGACCUGGUGGGAGCUCUGUGGGGUAAUUUAUUUUCCAAACUGAGCGUAUUUGUUUUGUGUACUUUUCUGUAUACAUGUCAUAAUUUAUAACCAAAAGUUAAACAUAAAAGAACAAGUUAUAAAACAAUAUGAUCUCACACGUGUGUAUAUUACAUAAAUGUAUAUGUGCGUGUGUGUAUAUUAUAUAAUAGAAUGUGUAAUAUAUAAAUUCCACACAUUGAUAAAAUAUAGAAAUUUAUGUUUAUAUAUGUGUAAAAAUAUGUGUGUUUGGGGGAUGCAAAAGUUUGUGUGUGUGUGUGUGUACGCUUUUCAAAUACAGAGAAAAAGAUGUGAAAGAGUAUUCUCCAACUACUGAAGACAACCUUGAGAGGUAGAAUGGGGGGCGGGGGAAGAAGCGAGAAAGGAACUUAUUACACCUUGUGCUUCAAAUCACUGUUGUUACAGUUUUAAAAUAAUCAUUAUUAUUUAGUAUUUUUUUAGAAAUAGAUUUUAAAAAAAAUAUGGCUUCUGCCUCUGCCCCUUAUAUAUAAAAGUAUGCUUUCCACCAGGCUCCAUACCACUUGGCAAAGUACCGUUGGUUUUUUUUUUUUAAUGUCUUGUUCCUUUGCUAGACUGUAAGCUCCUAAAGGGAACAAGAGAGUUUUUAUCUUUAUACUUCUUAUAUCUAGUUAAUCCUGGUAUAUAGGAGAGGAUCUAUAAAUGCUAGUGAAAAAUGAAUGAAAAGUAUACCUUAAGAAGAACUUAGGGCUAUAGGUAUCCAGUAGAUAUGUUUCCUUAGAGGCUCUUGUUACACUUUGGAAUAUUAUUUUGUAUCUGGCACAGCAGUGGGCAUAGAGUUGGCACAGUGAAUACAGGUCGAUUGGAAUUUAACUGACACUUUGUGGAACCUGUAGGCAAAUGUGGAGUCCACCGUGUGGUGCCCCUCUUGAUCCCAGAAAGCUGGAAAAUGAAAAUACUCUCUGAAAAUUAAACAAAGAAAUUAACAGCUAAUAGAUUAAAGCCAAGGAAGGCAAUGUGAUCUUACGAGACGUAAAGACUCCUUGGGCAGAAAGAUUUGACUGUAACCUAAUUGAGGGUAUUGACAUCUUUAAAACACACAAACAUAUAAAGCAUCCAUCAGAAGAGCAUUUUCUCUGUCUCCAAAACAGAGAAAAAGAAAAGCUAUUAAUGUAAUUGUCAUGAUACCUAACAAAGCACUGUCUGACCAGUAGCACCUGCCAGGUUGAGGCAAGCAUCCAACCUGCCUGGCAGGCGGAUAACCCUGUGGUACAGAGCUGCAGAGCCUCGUGCCAUUUUGCACUGGAAUCCUGCAUAAUUAACUCCACUUGCUCUGCUUCCCUGCGCACCACGCUUCCCUCUGGUAAUUUGCCUUCCCAAGGAGAUAAUUCACUGUCAGGCUGGUACAGACUGAUGCAGAUUCAGUAUGCCUGAUUCUUCUGUUGUUCACUGUAAAUAAUAAA